UCCGGCGCACGUUGUCACAUGGAGUUUAUGUUGAUAGCGACUUCAUGUGUGUGAACCAGACAUGAAGGUCGAAGAGAGUGCGCGUGAUGGAAAGAAGAAAAGCGUUCGUACUGUUGGAACAAGGAAAGAAAGUAACCUUCAGAGUACAGACCUAGUUGUAACUGUGCCGAAUGAAAAUAGUAACUCAUCUCGCCUUAAACCUCCUGUUACUGCAAGUGAGCCCCGAAAGAUUGUGAUCAACCGAAAAACUGAAUCCACUGAUUUGGAGAAAGUUACUGUUAAGUCUCUGGAUGAAAUCAAACGUGAAAAGCAGCAAAGAAUGAACGACACUUCCAGGGACACUUCAACAGAUGCAGCUUGUGAUGGGAACCACGAUGCCGUCAAUCAGAAUGAUGAGGUCUGUGCUAGCAGCUCAGCAAGUGCCAUUGACCCAGCAGAUAAUGUUUGCAAUGGGCCAGAAGUUGAGUUGAGUGGUACAUAUGAAUCAGCUGGCAGCACCCAAACACAGUCAAGUGUUUUAUCAAGUCGUCCUUCCUGUGUGGUGAAACCCAGACCGCCACUUAAAAAGUUAACAAUUCCAAUCAAAGCAUUACCAGCUUCACUGUCACCAAUAGGAAGUAAAACUUUUUUGAGCAAACAUCCCUACAGUGCCUCAUCCUCCAGCCUCAAGCAAGGCUCUGAGAUGGAUUUUGAUGGCUUUCUCAAUGAUCAUGAUCAUGAUCAUGAUGGUGACGAAGUUGACAGUUAUUAUGAUGAGGAUUUCUUGCUUGAAGAUAAUGAAGAUGAAAUGCACCAAUUCCAUCCCUCUAUGGACUUUAGUGAAGUAUCACUUGCGCAAGAUGAUGCUGAGGAGGAGGAAGAAGAUGACGAAAUAUCACUGCAUCCUGACGAUUCCUUGUUUGAUGAAGAAGAUGACUUGGGAGUGAACAAUGAUGGAAUGAGACAAAGGAGUACUGGAAAGAGAGCAGGAAGUGAAUCAAGAGAUCGAAGAUUUUCAACAACUGGCACAAAACAGAAACAGUCACAAGAAAGUUCCAGUAGCUCAGUCAAAACUAAAGAAGAACCACAGACUGAUAAAACUCAAGAGCAAGAUAAGAAUGAAGAGGUUGUGGAAGAGAGGUCCGAACAAGAACAAGCUUCACCUAGAUCACAAAAAAGAACUAACAGAUCAUUCACUCGCCAACAGGAUGGUAGAAGGACCAAGAGACCUUCGGCAGGAAGGGGUGCUAAGAGAAAGGGUGAGAUGCAAGUGGGAAACAGCUUUUCAAGAAGAGGUAGAUGCCAAUCAAGGCUAGGCCCUAGGAGUUGUGGUGUUGGUGGGCCAGUUCAACCAGUACUUGGGAUGCCAGGUAUACCUUUGUUCAAUACUGGGGAUGGACUCCUCCCUUUACCUGGGACUGAGCUAAUAUCGCCAAUGUUGCCACCCAUUCUAAAAGCUAAAGCUGAAAUAGAGGCAGCCAUGAAAGAUAAUAUAGCAAAAACUGUUGAAAUGUUGGUAAAUCCCCCACCAGUUCCAGGUGAAGUUGCAUAUGAUGUGCAGGAGUAUAACAGCUGUGGACCUCCUGUGCGAAGUGGCAAAUUACCUCCGCGACAUCAGCCUAAGAGAUCUCACAGUAGUACCCAAGAUGCCAGGCAUAACAGAGUGUCUAAAAACUCCAUCACUGAAUCACAAUUUCAACCAGAAAGGGCAUCAGACAGGCUGUCACCCAGGUGGUUGCAACAAACAAAGGAAAAUUCAUGUUACACAAAUGAGCAGCUGAGUGCAAGUAAUGGGAUUACAAGUCAAUUCAAUCCAGGAAACACUGUUACAAGAGAAGUGUCAAAGAGUGAGUCAACCACUUAUGCUCCUAAGGCUACAUAUCAACACGAUGCCAUACCAAGUGAUUGUCAGAACAGUAGUAAUAGCAGCUCAAUAACUGACAUAGAGAAAGCAAGAUUAGCUGUUUUGAGACCAACCAGCUCUUCGUCAAUGCAAGAUUCAGAUUCAGAUUCACAAACUUCAUCAAGUAAGAGGAAAAGUAUUUUUCUUGACGAAGAAACAGUGCAUGGAGGAAAAGUUUUGGUGACAACAAGCCCUGACGGGAUGCCUCAGCCAAACCUUGCAAAAUCAGGAACCAGGAAACCUUUUCCAAAGGGCUACUGUUUCGUGCAACUGAACACUGGAAAAUGCAAGAAAUCAAAAUGCAAAUAUGUGCACAUGGAUCAUAAUCAGCUCCAAGAGUUCCGAGGGGUGCAACAGGCAGGUAUCACAAGCAGCCAAGGGAAUGAUUUAGAGGAGCUUCCUGCUUUAGAAACAGAUGAAAAUGUAGCUGUUCAAGAGACAAAACCUGAAGAGAACGAUCCCACAGCAUCCUACAAUUUAAUUGCAGAUCUGCUGACAAACAACAAUUUACAUGGUGCUUGGCAAAUGGUUGAGAAACUGUGCAGAACAAACAGACCUGACCUGGCGAUUGUGAGGAGGAUUCUUGUCACUUGUAGUGAACACCAAGGAGAACCUGACAUUGCUGCCCAGGUUGCCCACAAGGCAUUUGACACAAUCAAGAGAGUUAGUGGACAGCAUCAUCGUCAUGACUUUACUGUUCUCAUCAGAACAUUAUGUCAUGCAGGACAAUAUAUCAGAGCGUACGAGAUGCUGGAUGUCAUGAAAAGGAAUAACCACAUGCCAACUUAUGAAGUAUUUCUUGACUUGAUCCAAGCUUCUGCUAAAGACCCUGAAUGGGCUUUUAAUCUGUUGCAUGAAGUCAAGCAGUCAGGAUUGUUCAAGUCAGGGAUCUGCAGUGAUCUCAUUCUUCUUGGCUCUAACAGUGGAGAACACUUUAUUCAGAAGACAUGGUUACUCUUUCAGGAAGCAUUGCAGUGUCAAGUCCACCUUUCAAAUGAUGCUGUUUCUGCAAUGCUCAUCACUCUGUUAAAAGUGAAUGACUGGGAGAAGAUUAUGUCGGUACUACCAGUAUUCCCACUCGCAACACCAGCAGUGGUUUUGAAGGGAGCUGUGAUAACUGCACUUCAGAAGCCAGAAUGGAUUGAAAUGGUCACUGAGGUACUUGGAGUGACUCCAGCAGAAAACCUCUGUGAACUUGGAUCUGAUGAUUGGAAUUCACUCUUAGAGGCGUGUUGCCUACUACCGGGCAACAAUGUAUUGUUUGCUCAGAAUGUGUGCUCCUUGAUGCUUCAGAAUGGAAUCACCCUUGAACCACAGUCCAUCAAUAACUAUAUGAGAGCAUUAUGUCAUCUCGACAAUUGGAGUGCAGCCUUGGAGCUCUUCAACACAAUUAAGGAAGAUCCAAAAGUCCUUGAACAGCCCCAUGCUAUUGCAAGUGGUUUGGUUGCCCUCUCAACAGCUUUGAGUAAAGCUGGGCCCUCAGCCAGUAUGCUCAUUGUAAUCCACUUCAUGUUGGAGUCUUGGAUCAAACCUGAAGAUAGUGUGUUGCAGUCCGCUAUUGAAAUACUGGACAAAGAGAAGAACUAUAAAGGUGUUCUGCAGUUCUUCCAUCAGCUUGAGGCUGCUAAAAUUGUACUACCAGUGAAUAUGUAUAAACAGAUAACUGCAUCUUUGGAGAAGUGGGUGGAAAAUCCUGUUGCUUCUAUUCAGCCCUACGCUGCUAUGAGACGUAUAUAUCCUACAAAUCAUUCAGAAAGCAAUGAUAAGGAAGAAGUUCCUAGUCUGAAUAGUGCGAAAUCCCAGGGUCGCAGUUAUGGAAGAGUGUGCCGUUACUUCAAUACUCCUGUGGGCUGCCGUAAUGGCGACAAAUGUUCGUUUAUUCACCAUUCAAAUGCUAAUAGCUCACAGGGAAUUGUGAAUUCCGCUUCUCAAGGAGGAAUUACUGGACAGAGCAAUGAAGCAUUGAACCACACCCAACCAGGAAACCCUUUUGUAUACAGAGAUCCGUGUACGUUUCCUGCUCCGGCCACUGGGUCAGAUUUGUUUGGGCCUGUGCGUGAUCAGCAGCACACUGCUAUAAGGAGUACUCCAACAAAAGCAGGGCUUCAUUUAGGUGGACCGUUUUCCUCUAAUCGAUUAGCCCCUCCUGUGGUCCGCACACCAACUGGAGGUGUGGCACAAAAUUUCCAACUAGCAGCUACAAACCAAUUUACCGGAAGAAAUCCAUUUUCUCCCUGUCUGCCGGGAAGAGCUCAUAGCGUAGACAGCUCAUUCAAUAGCUCAAAUACAGACCAACAUAAUCGCCAAACACACUCUGCCCCUGUUUUACCUGAAGCUUCAAGUAUCAGUUGCUUUCCUUAUCCCUCUAAAAGGAGUCUACAGUUUUACCUGCCGAGGAUCAAGCAUGCCAGUCAACAGAAUUGUUGGGAAGACUUAGGCUUUGUUUAUGUGGCAAUGAAGAAUGAAGAUGUUGACAUCGACUCUGAGGUAUUAAAAGCCUUUUUCCAGUCAUUUGAAGCAAACUAUAUUCAGACUGUUGGAGAAAACUUUGAAAAGUUUUGCAAUAAAAUACACCAUGACCUCGAACAAACAGUACCAAAUACUGAACCCGACAGCAGUCCAAGUGCUUCUUUAGACGAUGAUGACAAACGCUUUAUUGGUGAGUUAGGAGUGGCAAUAAUGUACUUGACAUACUUCAAGCAACUUUUUGAUCAAGGGUACUCCGUGCUGCAUGUUUUGCACAACUUUAGCAUAAACUACUCAAUAUACGCAGGUGAAUUUGGAGUACAGAAAAGGCCUUUAACUUCAUCCGAAGUGGCACUUACAGCAGCAGACAUCUGUCUUAGUUUAAGUCAGCCUUUGCAUAGCAGUGCCUUAGAAGUACUUCGUGGUACAAACUAUGCUUGUGCAGCUGAUGGAAAAAUAAUGACCCCUGAGGAGACGGGGUGGAGGAGGCGAGUUUUUGUAUCAUUAUGUGAGUACUUCAUGAAUUCCAAAGAAUUUGCUUUUGUGUUUGAGCUAUUGGAUAAAGCUGGAGAUGGUGGGGAGGUGAAAGCCUUGUAUAAUCGACUCCUUCGUAGCCUAAUCUCAAAGAAAGAACUAAAUCAUGUCACCAAUCUUCUCCAAGUUAUGGAAGAUAAACACAUUUCAUGGGAACCAACGCUGGUAAGAGAGUUGGUGAAAGGCUUUGGAGAGGUAGGAAAUGUUCGGCAAGCCAAGUUUUACUUUAAGAAGGGUGUAUACACAGGCGUAUAUCCCGAUUCUUUUAGUACAGAGAAUCCUUUUACUGUUGUUGUGGGCGUCAGCUAUUCAGCUUUGGAAUGUCAGCUUUUUAUUGAGAGACACCUACAUUUCCUGAAAGAGUGUAUUGAUCGACGUGCGAAGUCUUCUGGUGGUGAUCCAUUGAAUGACUCAGAUUACAGUCCGCUUAGAGUUGUAGUAAAGUCAGAUGAGGUACCCAAUAUGUAUACCAGGGACAAGGGGAGACAGCAUGAGCAGGUCAUUGGCGCCAGGCUUGAAGAAGUGAGAAGAGUGUUGAAUGAUGAGUUCAAUCCACCUCUCCAGUGUGCAACACAAGGCAAAGAGCUUUUGGUCAGUUCCCUGAAUCUUAAGAGGUGGUUCCGCGCCAAUCCAACAACUGGACGCUUUAAAGGAGGAAGCUGGAGUGGUGCAUUUUCUUCGGUUGAAAUGUAAACAACAUAUUUGGUAACAGGGAAAUGUCAGGUAGUAUCCAUUGACAGGUCUCCAAGUUUAUACAAAGACAGUGAGUCAUUAUCAAACCACCUACAUUGUGAGAGGGAUAAAAGACGAUUGUCUUCGUAUAUGGAUAUGAACACUGAUCUUACUCGAAGUUAAUAAUUUUUGUUGCCAUUUUUUGUGCGGAUGAUGCAUCUUUUUGGUUUGAGGUAUUUGCAUUUGUUCAUGCACUUUUACCAUGAAGAAGUGAAAUGUAAUUAUGCUUCAAUGCGCAGUGAUGUUUAGGUUAAGACUGAUACCCAUAUUGUACCAAUGUAACCACAGCAACAGUGGUCAGACUGGCAAAAGUGUGGUUUUUGAUUGUUUGUCAUUAAAUCCUCGCUCUGUCAUCAAAGCAUUUGAAAUUAAAAUUAACUUGACUUCUAA